AUCUCAGCGUAAAACCACAGCUACGAGACAGCUAUGAGCGACCGAUCCACAUCCACACCGCAGCCCGGUCCAUCUCCGUCGCAGCCACGACCGAAAUGCACGCUGCCCCCCGAGAAAGUCUUCUCAAUUCAAAUCGGAACCGAACUCUUCCGUGUCUCAGGAGCGUCGAUAGCCUCCGAUGCUCCGUCCUAUUUCUCCCAGUUCUUCGAGGAGCAGCUGCGCCAGACGCCCGACGGCUCGAAGAUCCGGACACUGUACAUUGAUCGCGAUCCGAACACAUUUAAAGCGAUCGCAAGGCAUCUACAGGGCUAUCAUAUUCGGCCCAAAGAUGGCACGGAGUUUGUACAAUUCUUCGCUGAUGCGCAGUUCUAUACUUUGCCCCGCCUUAUCUCCCAACUCUUCGAAUCCGAGAUCUUCAUUCAAAUCGGCGACAAGGAUUUCCAAAUCCCGCGCGACAUCUUCUCUAGUCCCGGCGACUCCCCAAACUUCUUCUCCCUAGGCUUCGGUGCCUUCUUUGCCUCCCCGACUGAGAUCUUCCCCGGACUCGAUCGUCACGGCCUUUUACGUCCCCCAGCCAUUAUCCCACCAAGUGUGCCGAAUCGAUCGGGAGAAGUUUUCGCGCAGCUCCUCCACCUCCUGCGCGGAUACCCAUUGGACAUCAAGAAUGAAACACACCGCGCCGAACUGCUACGCGAUUGUCGCUAUUUUCACCUACGCGGGUUAGAGCAAAAGUUGAUUCCACAUCAUAUCAGUUUCAACCCGAUCCGACAACGAUCGGAAAUCGUCGUCCGCCUGGAGGAUGUGCGCCGCUCAGGAGUUAGCGUUGCCCACCCCGCCUCAACCCCGUCCAGCGGCUGGGCCACGUACUCGCGCCCGUACGUCGAUGAGGAAACAUAUGACCUGAUUCUUGAGAUCGGUGACGAAACCACCAUCGUCGACCUUGAUACCAAGCACAUCGAAUUCCUAAACUCGACUAAGGCGCGCUUCUCCAGCUUGCUGCAGGUCGUAACGGGAAAGGUAAACCUCCCAGGCCUGUCGGAAGGUCAAUCCACCUCGCCCAGUGUUAAGGUGUGUGUCGAACGAGACACGGACUUGACCAUCGACGGACAGGUCCGGUGUCUAGAAGCCUUCGCACAAGGAUCCGAACAGGCAGAUCCGUCGCAACCUGCAGCUAAGCGCAGACGAGUGGAAGAGCCAUCAAAAGAGGGCGGACGGCAUAUCGUCCGGAAUGGUCAUUGGCGUCUAGGUUUCCGCCCGAAUGCCACCGGCGACAGACUCGAGUUCAUCCUGGCAGCGGUGAAACUGGAUGCAUAUACAGAGCAGCGGAGUCGGAAUCAUACACGGGCGUUUCUGGGGUCUUAGUACUGAUAUCCUUGAACCAACAUGCGCAUUGUCCUCUGUUCCCACCCCGCCCACUGUUAUACAUUUACUAUAUCAUGUCCGAUGAAGAGUAAGAGUGAUUAUCAAACACAAAACACAUACCCCCCAACCUACCCCCAGAAGAGAACACAAGAAACAAGCAAACCUAAGCACUAUACUCCACCAACCCCUUCAGAAUCAACAAUCCCUCCUCCGCAUCCUCGUUAUUCCCCGGCUUCAAUCCAUAGCUGAGGAGGAAGUUCGUCCACCCGCCGUAGGACUUGACGAUGGCUCGUUCGGGAGGCGUGAGAGGUGGUUCUGGGGGUUUCUUUGAUGGGGGAUGGACGAACGCAGACUGUCAGUUGAGGGCAUUUUGGUGGGUUGGUUGGUUUGGGUCGGUAUAGUUGGGUUGAGUUGGUGAGGUGAGGAUGUUGUUUGUUGUUUGGUGGAUUAGUAUGAGGGCUGAGGUCUUGUCUUGGUUGGGAUGUGGUAGGCCAUGUGCACACAGCGCAAACAUUUA